ACCACCGACACGCCCAGCCCCACCUUCAUCCUCUGACCAUCUCACCCAGCAUCACCACAAAGGCCUCCAGCAGGAGCAACCGCGCCAUGGAUCAAGGAAGAGGCCACAACUAAAAACAUGCGCUGAACAAGCGACCAUCGGACAAGCUCCCAGCAGCACCCUGCUAAAAUUGGACGAAGGACACGAAGUUCCAAGAAGCAGUCCCCCCUCCCCGACGUUAUCUCUCUCUUCUCAUGCCGGCCCCGGCCGGCACGUACCUCCACUUCCACCUCCACCGCUGCGUGCAACAAUCUUGAAUUUAAGCGGCAACGUUGCCCACCACCACCAAUUCCCCAUAAGGUCGCGGUGCCUGCUCGACGAGCGUGAGGAGGUCAUAAGGUGUUCGACAAAAUGCUGGACUAGGAUUGUUAUGUGCUCGCACUUGUUCGGGGGUCAAGCUUGUUGCAAUCUUCGAACAAGGCUAGUUCACAUGAUCAGCUCACCCCAAGGACCAAGGUGUUGUAGAAGGUGACGUCAAACUGUCAGUUGGAUAGACUCUGGGUAUGCAGGGAUCCUGAUCUGCACCGCAAAGGAUUAGAAUGGAGUGAGGGGAAGGUGGGGGAGAUUGUUCAAUUUCUGGUGCCAUUGCAUUUUCUUGAAAGGAGCGUCAAGCGGGAAAUUAAGUUUUGCUUUCUUAAUCUAGUACAAUGAACUUUGCACUCAAGUUGAAGGAAAUGUUUGGACAUAUCUUUUCUUCAUAUUACAGUCUGGAAUUUGGACUUCUCAUGCCGUCAAAUUAAAAUAUCUUCAAGGCUGUUGUAACAUUGAGAAGUUCAGGCAUUGCUUGUUUUUUUGCUGAAUGAAGAUACAUAUUCAAUUCCUUCGAUCAAGUGGAAAGGCACUAAAUGUGUUUAUAGGCCGCUUUUGUUCUAAAUGCACUAAACAAGAAGAUAGUGCCACCUCGAAAAGCCAGACCACUGAUGGCACGUGUAUACAUGGGUUAAUCGCACCGUCCAGCAAGGAUGAAUUGUCGGCUGUACCUGAAGUUGCUGGUGAUGACAGAAAUACAGAAGUGCCCAAUGUCCCGUUGAAAGAGAAGCCAGUUCUCGGUUUUGACCCUCCUAGGAAGCCGAGGGCAAGACAUAGACUCAAAAUCUGGAUCAGCACUCGGCACAAUGGCAUAAUUGGACGAUGCGGUAAUAAACUGGAUUUAGGUUUCUUCAAUGGGGCGAAGCGGUUAUCAGCUGAACAUUUGAAUACUGGAUGGCCAGAUUGGCUUGUGACUGUGGCACCUGAGGCAGUGCAAGGCUGGGCCCCACUGCAAGCUGAUUCGUUUGAGAGAUUAAGUAAGAUUGGACAAGGGACUUAUAGUAGUGUUUACAAAGCUCGGGAUCUUAGAACAGCCAAAAUUGUUGCGCUCAAGAAGGUUCGGUUUGUCAAUACAGAUCCUGAAAGUGUGCGCUUUAUGGCUAGAGAAAUAUGUGUUCUUCGGAAACUCAAUCAUCCCAAUGUUAUAAAGUUGGAAGGGAUAGUAACAUCUCCUGUUUCACAAAACCUAUAUCUCGUCUUUGAAUACAUGGAACAUGACCUUGUUGGCCUUGCUGCAACUCCAGAACUCAAGUUCACCGAGUCACAGGUCAAGUGCUUGAUGCAACAGAUACUUAGUGGCCUUGAUCAUUGCCACAGCAAAGGAAUUCUUCAUCGUGACAUAAAGGGCUCCAAUCUCUUGAUUGAUGGCCAUGGUGUUUUGAAGAUUGCUGACUUUGGCUUAGCAACAUUUUAUGAUCCUGAGAGUCAGCAACCACUGACAAGCCGUGUUGCAACAUUGUGGUACAGACCACCGGAACUUCUGCUUGGUGCCACCAGGUACAGUGCUGCUGUGGAUAUGUGGAGUACAGGUUGCAUUUUUGGGGAAUUGCUGACUGCCAAGCCAGUCAUGCCAGGCAGAACUGAGGUGGAGCAAAUUCACAAGAUUUUCAAGCUCUGUGGAUCACCUUCUGACGAGUACUGGCAGAAAUUGGAAGUGCCCCCAACAGGGAUGUUCAAGCCCCUGUGCCAGUAUAAGCGGUGCAUUGCCGAGAAUUUCAAAGAUUUACCUCCAUCAGCUCUAGUUCUUCUAGAUAACUUGCUUGCAUUAGAACCAGAAGCUCGUGGAACAGCUGCCUCGAGUCUUCAGAGUGACUUUUUCAGAACAGAGCCACUUGCUUGCAGCCCUUCGGACUUACCAAAGUGUCCACCAAGCAAAGAAUAUGAUGCUAGACUCCGACAAGAGGAAGCAAGAAGACAAAGAAGGGCAGAAUCUGUUCGAUCAGGAAAUGAGAAUCCUAGAGAAAACCAUGUUGCAUAUGGUUCUAUUAAACCGCAGAGGCUUCAGCAUACCAAAACAAGGUUCAAUAGUGCACAUCUCAAUCCAAAGGAUGAUCAACUGACGUUGGCUACUGAGGUACAACCUCUAGGGUUUGAUCCCACAUGGAACAAGGGAGGUAACAAUUAUAUGGACCAUCACGAAGUACCUGAACGCAAAUAUAAAUCUGGCCGAUUGGCAAAUUCCAACAUUUCAAGGACAAAGGGCUCAGACAUGUUUAAACCCGAAUCAACUGGCGUAGGGAACAUUAUGCCUGCUUCUCACAACAAAGAGAUGGAAGUAAAAGGCCCAAUGGUGGACUACAAGGGUAAGAGCAAAAUAGUCAAUUCCUCUGGUCCAGUGGCUACUCAAGAUGGGAACAUAGAGGAUAUGCUCAGAGAACAUGAGCGGAAUGUUCAGGAAGCGGUGCGCAAAGCGCGCUGCAUCAAGAGUUGAGAUCUGUGAAACAGAUGAGUGGGAUCGAACUGGCAAAGAUUCCAGCAUUUCAAAGUUCAAAGUCCUAGGAUGGCAGUUUGCAUUUUUCUACAGAGCAUCUCUAGAAGAGCAACUUCUCUCCAAAUGGGCAUAAUUAAUUGAAAAAGAAUUACUUCCAUUUUUGUACAGCUGAAGAUCAUUACAAGAGUUGGGCGAUACCGAUACCAUUAUUUUUAAGCGAGGCAGAUGCCUUGUGAGCUUAAUGAGCAUAUGCUGCCAUUUGUAUUGAAUGUGUACUAAGGGGGCAUGGUGAAGCUUAGGUGCUGGAGGUCUAAGAAAUACAGUACAAGCCAAGGUUUGUAGCGGAUUUUUGACGGUUCAUGGUCCUAAUAUUUUGUCUUCGUGAUGAUAUUUGAAGUACAAGAAGAUUUGCAAGGAA